CUAAUUUAGCCGUCUGUAAGGGUGGUGGGAGGCAGGCCGUAGCGAGAGAGCGUGCGUCUACGUCAGGAAAAGCUCCGAGCUUAUUGGUCCCGGUCCAUUGUUGCGUAUUGAUUGCUGCGGAGCAGUGGUAUGGUCGUCGGGACACUCGGUCGUCCUCGUCGUCGUCGUCGUCGUCGUCGCCGUCGUCGGUGGUGCUCGGCCGAUUAGGUUAAGAGGAGCGGGUGCGCGGUCAAUCGCGGAUAAGGGAGAAUACAGCCCGUUUCUCGUUGCAUCGUCGUCGUCGUCGUCUUCGUCGUCGUUGUCGCGCACUUUGUUCUCGCGUUACGUCGCGCUACGUUACGCGCUCGCGAUCAGUCGCGCUCACCGCGGCGCAAUCCACGCGUACACGUAUAAUUGUGUAUGUCGUAUAAAGAAGAAAAUUAAAAAAAAAAUAGAGAGAGGAGAUAUAAUAAUAUAAGUAAAUAUAAUUAAAUAAAUAUAUAUACAUAUACAUAUAUAUAUAUACGAUUAUAUACACGUAAGCGGGAGUGAGAAAGGAAGAGAACAGCGAGGUACUCAUCGCGUACUCGUGCACCCGUACGCGCGCGCGCGCGUAUGUAACACGCGGCAGUGGUGUCAGUGGGGGUUGUUUCUCCUGUUGUUCCCCGUCGCUGUGACUAUCCUUCUCCUGGACUGGGACCUGCAGGAAUACCUGCGGAAUCAGCAGCGGCGGUGGCGGCCAGCAGCUGCCGCCGAGCGUGGUGGUGAAAACCCCCUAGACCUCGCGCGGUUCACACGGAUCCCUCCAUCAAUCGGGACGGAUUCUGGAUUCGUGAUUACGCGAGAAACGGCAAGCGUGGUGCGCGUCUGCCAAGGACAAGGACACCGAGAAGCGCGGAGUAACAGCGGAGUGGUGCUCGCGGAUACCCAGCGGGAACACCAUCGACGUACCCACCAUCGUGGGGUGUGCGCUCGGGAGUACAUCCGCGCAGAAGGGUAGCGAACCCUCGGUCGGACAGUGCGUCGCCAGGGCGGCAGUGAUCGAGUGGUCCUUCGUAGUAGACACAGACAAAUAGACAUAGACAUAGUGUACAGUACAAGGGAAUCGAGGGAAACAAGUGUAGGUGGUUGAUGGAAAAAGGGAGAGUGCGAGAAGGGAUGAUAGAGAGGUUGUGAGAGGGUGAGAGUGCGCGCGAGAGAUCGAGAGAGCGAAAGAGAGAGAAAGAGAUAGAGAGAGAAAGAGAGUGAGAGAGGAAGGGAGAGAGAACGAGAGAGAUAGAUAGAGAGGGUGAGAAAGGGAUAGAGAGAACGAGAGAAGAGGACAGUUCCGUGGCGCUAGCGGGUGUGCGUGGCGGGAGAGGUGAAAAAGGGAGGAAAAAGUGAGAGAGCGAUCGACGAAUCUCCUCCGGCCAGCGCGCGCUGACAAAAGCUCGUGGUUGCUGGCACCGCGAGGACGCGAGGGAACGCGAGGGUCCCGCGGCGCGUCGCGCGAACCACCCUCGAAGGCGGCGCGAAAUUAUGAAGCGCAUAAAGUGCACCCUACUGGCCGUCGCAGCUGCCGCUGAUCGUGAUAGCCGCCGGUGAAUGUGUGACCCGGGGGCAGCAGAGAUCCGCCGGGAUGACGACCGAAGGGACGACCGAGCAGCCCCCGGUAGACGACUGCCUGAAGGAGCGGAAAUGGUGGUGCUUCCUGCUGUCAAGCAUCUUCACCUUCCUCGCCGGGCUGCUGAUCGUGCUGCUCUGGCGCGCGUUCGCCUUCCUCUGCUGCCGCAAGGAGCCCGAGCUGUCCCCAAAUGACCCGAAGCAGAAGGAGCAGAAGACGGCCCGCCAGGGCAAGGAGUUCGAGGGUACGUUUAUGACCGAGGCGAAGGACUGGGCCGGCGAGCUGAUUUCCGGACAAACCACCACUGGACGUAUCCUGGUGGUGUUAGUUUUCAUUCUCAGUAUAGCAUCGCUUAUAAUAUACUUCAUCGAUGCCUCCAGCGAAGAGGUGGAGCGUUGCCAGAAGUGGAGCAACAACAUUACUCAGCAGAUAGACUUAGCUUUCAAUAUAUUUUUUAUGGUCUACUUUUUUAUACGCUUUAUCGCCGCCAGUGACAAGCUGUGGUUCAUGCUGGAGAUGUAUUCGUUCGUGGACUACUUUACGAUACCACCGUCCUUCGUGUCGAUAUAUCUCGAUCGGACGUGGAUCGGACUGAGGUUCCUCCGAGCCCUACGACUGAUGACGGUCCCUGACAUCCUCCAGUACCUCAACAUUCUAAAGACAUCGAGCUCUAUUCGUCUCGCCCAACUCGUAUCCAUCUUCAUCUCCGUCUGGUUGACCGCUGCUGGCAUCAUUCAUUUGCUUGAAAACUCAGGGGACCCUUUCGAGUUCGUGAACCCGCAACAGCUUUCGUACUGGACCUGCGUGUACUUUCUGAUUGUGACGAUGUCCACGGUAGGAUAUGGCGACGUUUACUGCCAGACGGUUCUCGGCCGCACAUUCCUAGUAUUUUUUCUACUCGUCGGUUUGGCCAUAUUCGCCAGUUGUAUCCCUGAGAUAAUUGACCUGAUCGGGACGCGAAACAAGUACGGCGGCACUUUGAAGAACGAGCGAGGUCGCAGACAUAUUGUCGUGUGCGGCCACAUCACCUACGAAUCGGUCUCGCACUUCCUCAAGGAUUUCCUGCACGAGGAUCGCGAGGACGUCGACGUGGAAGUUGUCUUCUUGCACAGGAAGCCGCCUGAUCUCGAACUGGAGGGACUGUUCAAGCGGCACUUCACCACCGUGGAGUUCUUUCAGGGGACCAUCAUGAACCCGAUUGACCUACAGCGGGUUAAGGUGCAUGAGGCGGACGCGUGCUUGGUGCUGGCGAACAAGUACUGCCAGGAUCCGGACGCGGAGGACGCGGCGAACAUCAUGCGCGUCAUCUCCAUCAAGAACUAUUCGGACGACAUUCGCGUCAUCAUUCAAUUAAUGCAGUAUCACAACAAGGCCUACUUACUAAACAUUCCAUCGUGGGAUUGGAAGCAGGGCGACGACGUGAUAUGCCUGGCGGAGCUAAAACUAGGCUUCAUUGCGCAGUCCUGCCUCGCGCCCGGUUUCAGCACGAUGAUGGCCAAUCUCUUCGCGAUGCGCUCCUUCAAGACGUCGCCGGACACACAGGCGUGGCAGAAUGAUUACCUGCAGGGCACGGGCUGCGAGAUGUACACGGAAACCCUCUCCCCGUCCUUUACCGGGAUGACAUUUCCCCAAGCCAGCGAGUUGUGCUUCACGAAACUGAAGCUAUUACUGCUGGCCAUCGAGAUAAAGGGCGAAGGAGGAGGCUCCGACAGUAAGAUCUCGAUUAACCCGCGCGGUGCCAAGAUCGCUGCGAAUACUCAGGGAUUCUUCAUUGCUCAAUCUGCUGACGAAGUAAAGCGAGCGUGGUUCUAUUGCAAAGCAUGCCACGACGAAAUUAAAGACGAGACUCUGAUCAAGAAGUGCAAGUGCAAAAAUUAUGUGGGGAUGAUGAUGAUGCAGACCGGCAUGGUGAAGGGAAACACUGCCUACAGCAGUUACCUCGACGUGGCCACAUUCCGGAAAGGCGUGCGAGCUGUUCAAAUGGUCGGAAGAGCAAGCCAGGACCUCUCGUACGCAAACGACCACCAUCCUCCCCCCACAUUCACUCCGCCAGAACUGCCCAAGAUGGUUCACGUAAGAGGUGAGAUCAGCCGUGAACGGGACGAUCCGAACGCCAUGAGGAACCAUCGGAACUCCAUCGGGAUGACCAUGAUGAACUCGACGAAGCAGGUGAACAAGGUGAAGCCAAACGUAAACCGCGCGACGAACGACAGCCUGUCUAGCCCGAAUCAGCCGUAUAAUCAGAGAUCGCAAGAGGAGUCCGCAUACGCUGGCUACCAUCUCGCCUACGAAGUCAAAAAACUCAUGCCGACGAGCAGAAGCUCGGGUGGCACGAACGUCAACAACAACGGCGGUCUUCAGGUCGGGAUCGCGGAUGAUCAAGCGAAAGAUUUCGACUUCGAGAAGACCGAGAUGAAGUACGACUCGACGGGGAUGUUCCACUGGAGCCCCUCCCGCAAUCUCGAAGACUGCAUACUGGAUCGUAACCAGGCGGCGAUGACAGUCCUGAACGGGCACGUGGUCGUCUGUCUGUUCGCCGAUCCCGACUCGCCCCUCAUCGGACUGAGGAAUCUUGUCAUGCCAUUACGAGCUUCCAAUUUUCAUUACCACGAGCUUAAACACGUAGUGAUAGUUGGGUCGGUGGACUACAUACGCCGCGAGUGGAAGAUGCUGCAGAAUCUGCCCAAGAUAUCGGUUCUAAAUGGUUCGCCAUUGAGCAGAGCCGAUUUGCGUGCCGUAAACGUGAAUCUGUGCGACAUGUGUUGCAUCCUGUCGGCAAAAGUGCCUAGCAAUGAUGACCCCACCCUCGCCGACAAGGAGGCUAUCCUCGCGUCCCUCAAUAUCAAGGCCAUGACUUUUGACGACACGAUCGGCGUGCUCAGCCAAGCAAAUAAUGAGCAAGGUAAUUUGACCGCAGUUGGCAGCCCGAUCGUCUUGCAGCGGCGAGGAUCCGUUUACGGAGCGAAUGUGCCAAUGAUUACAGAACUUGUCAAUGACAGCAACGUGCAGUUUCUUGACCAGGACGACGACGAUGACCCCGACACGGAGCUCUACCUCACACAACCGUUCGCCUGCGGCACUGCCUUCGCAGUCAGCGUAUUGGAUUCCCUCAUGUCGACGACAUACUUCAACCAAAACGCGUUGACUCUGAUCCGGUCGCUGAUCACUGGUGGAGCUACGCCUGAAUUGGAACUGAUCUUAGCUGAAGGGGCAGGCUUAAGGGGAGGUUACAGUACGGCAGACAGCCUGUCCAACAGAGAUCGGUGUCGCGUUGGUCAGAUCGCGUUGUAUGAUGGACCGUUGGCUCAGUAUGGCGAGGGAGGCAAGUACGGUGACCUCUUUGUCGCAGCAUUAAAGUCAUACGGAAUGCUGUGCAUUGGUCUGUACAGGUACAGGUUUCGAGACACCAGCUCGUCGUGCGACGCCUCUUCCAAGCGGUACGUGAUCACGAAUCCACCCGACGACUUUACUCUGCUACCUACAGAUCAGGUGUUCGUGCUGAUGCAGUUCGACCCGGGUCUUGAGUACAGGCCGAGCAGAGGUGCCCGCGGCAAGGACGACUCCUCCUGAUUGUUGCUGUGUAGCGCCCUCACUGACGGACCAUAUUCCUACAUCUAAUCGCGCGUUGGGAAUCAUCGUGCCACCCGUCAUCCCUGCAACUGUCUCGUCUUCGUUGGAGAACACCACCACCACCGUAUGAUGUCGCGCAUCAAGAGGAUGGGUGAACGAGCUGUUGCGAAUUAUUAUUCGCAAGGCAGGUCGCAGUCAUUUCCGUUUCCUCGACUGACAAACACAACGCCCGUUCGUCGAUUUGGUCUCUCCUGCGAAAGAGAAGAAGAGGACUCCGAUUGUUCUUCGCCAAGUCGUCGUCGAACCGUUCGAAGUUGAUGCGUGACAGCAAGGAGAACGAAGAUCUAGAAGCCUAACGAUCACGAGAGGAAGACGAGAAGAAGAAUAAAAGGAAGAAGGAACGAAGAAGGGAUAACGGGAAGCUGGCACGAUGCUGUGCGGUCCGAGGGUAGCUACACGUUUCUCUUUCCCCUAUUCUAAAAGCCGAAGGAACAAUCGUCCUCGGGCGCGAGGACGAUUCGUCGUGAGAACUGGACAUCGGACACUUUUGCGAAGCGUAAAGCACUGUGUUAUCCGGAGCCCCCCUCGACCACUACCUGCCCCUCGUCAGGAGGCAGGGGAGCACGGAUCGGGGGUGGGUUCUAGCUAAAAAGUUUUAGCGCGUGGUUUUGCAGCCCUUGACUCGGGUGCUGUGAAAUUGUAAAGUAUCCUGCGCGGUAAAUAAACGCAUCGCCGUUCGUAGGAAUUCCGCGUUUCGCGUUUCGAUGCGCGUAACGCGCGUGUACCGGAGGAAGAACACUACUUCGUCGUUCGUAACGAGCGAGCCGUAAAAGGACGAUGAAACGAAGAGCCGGAAGGAUAAAGGCGAAAAGGAGGCAAGCAGCGAGAAGGGCAGAUCUGAGAGAGAGAGAGAGCUGCGACGAGGGCUGGACCCGGCGCGACUCGUCGCGAGAUCCUCGAGGCCUCGCCGCGGAUCCCGCGUCGUCUCUCACGGAACGCCCGUAUCCUGGACUCGACCUACCAAAAUUGGGUCUGAUUGAAGGAGGUCUGCUCGAACGAACGAACGAACGAACGAGCGUGCGAAUGAACAUAGUGCCGGACUUACUACCCUUACCUCGUGUGUCUUGUUUUAUGGCUAAACGAAAACGAAGGAGAAUCUCAAUCAAGCACUUUCUACAGGUUCUAUAUAUAUAUAUAUAUAUAUGUAUAUAAUGUAUGUAAUAUAUACAUAUAUACAUAUAGAUAACUACGAUAAAGUACCCUUUUCCACACAAAACUCUAAGUAUAAAAAUCGUCUAUAUAUCGGUAUAUAUACAUUAUAAGUAUAUAUGCACAUAUAUAUAUAUGUAUGCAUAUAGACAUUCUCUCUUUUAUAUAUUUUUGUGAAACUCACGUGUGUAUAUAUACGGACGUACAUAUAUAUAUAUAUAAAAAAAGAUGAAAAAUAUAUGUAAGAAAAAUACACAGAUACACCUAUACACGAAAAUACUCUAUCUCUCUUUUCUCAUGUACACACACAUAUACACACAUAUACGCUCUCUUUUUCUCUUUCUCUCUCUAUCUCUCUCUCAUAUAUUCUCUCUGUAUUUCUUUAUCUCACUGCGCGUGCAACAUGGACUCCUCGCUCGUAAAAAAAAACGGAAAACACGCACAUGCAAUCACACACGUACGAGGAACAGGCAUGUACAUAACGAUGCACGCGCGCGCAGUCACACUAUGAUCCACAAUUCAAUACAUACACAUACACACAUACCACCCACACAUACAUCCACCAUAGACACGCACAUACACGCAAAAACCGAGAAUCUGAUCGAGAAGGAUUGACACGUACGCGCGAGACUGUUCUUCUCGAAAGAGGAGUGGCAACGCGGAGCCGGAAGAAGCGGAAGGAGGACCUCGAAAUGCGACUGGAAGAAAAAAAAGAUCUCGCGUGGCGACACGCGACAAGCGGACGACGCGUGCCGGCCCGGGGCGCACCGAUUCCGCGCUCGAUCGCUGCGGGAUCGAGGUCGGGAACUCGUAACCGGGUGCGACCGGGAUAAAGCAGAAAAGCAAGGAGAAAGAAAGAGAACAGAAGAGAACCGAGAUCACGAAGCAGACAGAACUCAAGAAAACUUACUGUGGUAGUCGCUGCCGUGUUUCGUAUAUUACGCGUACACCUUGUAUAAUUGUCGUCAUCGUCGCCGUCGCCGUCGCCGUCGUCGUCGUCGUCGUCGUCGUCGACGUCGCUACUACUGCUGCUGCUGCUGCUGCUGCUGCCGCCGCCGCUGCUGCUGUUUGCAAUAUCCACGUGCACUGUUCACUGCCACUGCAGUUCGUGUUAAUAUCGUUGUACAGUACUUUCUAUGUAUAGCUCGAGAGUGCGGCGAAACAGAAAGCGAGGCGAGGCGCGCGAGUGUGGACACGUACCCCCUGCGUGACACCGGGGAGCACGUAGCGCCGGCCGAGGGUUGGGCACGGUUGCACCGACAGUCCUCCGAUUUCAUCAACUUCGAUUGCAGCUCGAAGUCGUCUCUUCGCGACAACGUGAGUGAACGGGAGAGACAUGUCACGAUGUCGUGGUGCUCGGUAAAAUUGCUCGAUGCGAAUGAAGAAGAGAUUUGUUUGAUCAAGAUCAGCUCCGGAUUCGUCGGUGCAGCUGGUAUCCCAAGAGAGCUUCUCGUGAAGCUACGAAGCUACAAAAUAUCUCGUCGUUAGCACUUGCACAUGCGGUCGCAACCGGAAACUCGCGAUUGGACGUGGAUCGAGUGACCGUUUCUCCCCCGAAUUGCCUCGUUCGCAAGAGACGACCGGAUAUUUUUGUAAUUCUAUCGAUCACGAAGCUACUCGUUCGGUUCUUGUUUCCUCGACGCGGUCUCUCUCUCUCUCUCUCUCUCUUUCUCUCUCUCUCGUAGCGUUCAGGAUAUUCCAAAUUGAUUUGGAACGGAAAGCAGAAUCACGUUUCUGAUUCGCACGUAGGAGCUCGCGCGCGGAACGGUGCUCGCGUGAAAAAUGGACAAUGUACAAUAUAAUUUUCGCGGCGAAAAUCAGUUCCGCACGUUGCUCCUCGUCUCUCCUCUUCCUCGCAGCCGUAAUUUCGUCCGCCACGAAUCGAGACUCGAGACAACGGGACGUCUCGCAUGUUCAAUGCAAGCAGUCGGACGCGGAAGAUGAACGAUCGGGAAAGAAUUGUGAGAAGAGAAGGGAAGAAUUUGCGAGUUUGCGGGCAUUCUCGCAGACCGUGCGCGUCUCCUCGCGUCAAACGCGACGAUCGCCGCCCCCGAAAGAUUCACGAUGAGGGAUGAAUCUGCGUGAGAAUCGACUGCGAGGAAGCUGCGUGCAAGGCGAGGACCACGUCUCGAGGGAACGCGUGUCGGAUUGUCGUGCGCAUCGCCUUGUUGUCGAGAAACGUCCGUUUAUCCUAUUUUUUUCGUUUCUCCUUUCGCUUCCCUCGAGCCUCCCAGCGAAGGAACGAACGUUUACUGGCAAACCACGUGCGUGCGUGAGAGCCUUUCGCGUUUUCGAGCGUCGGAGGGAGCUAAGAGAGAGCCUCGGCGAGCCUCCGUCUCGCCUUGAUCGCGAUCCUGUGCGAAGAUAAAGCAAAAUUCGUGCGUUUAGAUUUCGUGGAAGUCGUUUGUCGAGCGACGAAAAAUGAAAACUCGUCGGAGCCUUGUGUAGAGUCUUAGAUCGGUCGAGAUUCGCGUCGCGCAGGGGACGUGCCGAAUUAAACACGAAUAAAAGAAAAAAAAAGAAAAAAAAGACGGAACGAAGAUUUCGGCAGUUGCUUGGGUUCAUUCCCGACGAUCACGUGUUUUAUCGUACCUGCUUGGCACAUCUGAGAGAUUGCUGACGGACCGAUGCGGGAAACGAACCUCGCGCGAUUAGAACAUAUGUGGUCCUCGUGUGAUACUUAUAUUUUAAGGUGAGAACGAACUGAUUCCGCUGUUCGGCGAGUUUGCGGCGGAUGAAAACGCGACGGAAAGAAAAACGGCCGGCCAACGUCGCGCGUCGCGAAUCACACGUGCACUCUCUUUAAGAAUUAAAUCACGCACCGAUUCCAAUCCGAUAUCAUCAGCCGUAAUCAUGUUCUCGUUUGCGUCGCGCGGAGCAAAUAUGACGCAUUUGUGUGUAUGUGAAACGUGUGUGUAUCUAAAAAAAAGAAAAAAAAGCGAAGUAAACACUUCAGGAAGUAUGUAUAUAUAUAUAUAUAUUAUAUUAUAUAUAUAUAUUAUAAUAUAUGUAUAAUAUGUAUAUAUAUAUAUAUAUAUAUAUUAUAAAUAUAAGUAAGCCCACAUGUGAAAAAUCGAACAAAGAACUCGAAGUGAUUCGAGAGAGAUAUAAAAUAUAAAUAUAUAUAUAUAUAUAUAUAUAUAUAUGGAGAUUAUAAAAAUAACAAAUGUAUAAAGAGAAGAGAGGGAAUUAAGGCGCGCUGAGCGUACGCCACCUUCAAUGCCUCAUUGACCUCAUCUAAUGCUUUUUUAUCUGUACAUUUACAAUUUGUGUACCAAUGAGGAACGUUGUUUAAUCAUGUUGUUGAUGUUAUUGUUAAAGAAUGAGAUUCAAUAUUGUACAUAACUAUAUAUUCAUUAUAAUUGAUGAUAUAAAUAAUUAUAUACAUAAAAGAGUAAAUCCCCCUUACCCCCGUCAGAGUCCCGCCACCCCUAUGCGCCUCGCGUUUCGAUAUGCGGAUCCACGUCACUUUGUAAUAAAAAGACAAGUACUUUACAAACCUGUGUUGGGCGGGAUGAGACUGCCGGCAUAAAAUCGCGAUCUGUGCAAUACCGCUCGCUGCCAUGAGGAAUGGUGUUAAAGUGCCUGUGUUCCCGUACUCCUUCUGCGAGCCUGUAUUCGAUAUGCCGACAGGAGUAUCCAUACGCCCAUGAUUUAUAUUUGUCACGUAGUUUGUAGCCACGUAGCUCGGUAACUCCGACACGAAAGCGAGAAAGCGACACCUCGAACAGGAGAAAAAUUAUUCCUCGAGUUACCACAAACAUACGCGACGUAUCGGUUUGUUACUUGCACGUGAGGUGUUCAUCAGAAUGCACUGAUGCCCCAACAUUGACGGUUCCGGCAUUGUCUGGAUCACUUUGGACUCAUAUUUUUAUUUGUAUAAGCAUUAAACUAAGUUUUUAUUAUUGGAGAUGAUCAAUUGUUUCCAUCUCUAAAUUAGUAUUCUACGUUCUGUCAGUGGAAUUGAACAAUACAAAAACUAUAAAAAU